CCAGCGACUCGGCGCGGUGAGGCGUCCCUGUCCUCCCAUCUUUCCUGCAGCUGGAGAUCGAGCCAGAGUUUGGAGCUGCAGAUCGAGCCGAAGCUGCGGAUCGAGCCGAAGCUAGACCUGGCGGCCGAGGCUGGAGGCCGCGGCUGGCGCCCGCCUUGGCUGGGCCUGCGAGCGGCCUCACGGCAGAGGCAGCCUCUGCCGAGGCUGCUGCCCAGCGCUGGCAGCCCGUUGCCCCUCGCCGAUGGGGAAGAAGCCUGGCGCGGCGGCGGACGGCCUCGACGCGCGGUGGGAGCGGAGGCGCAGCGGCCGCGAGCGGCCCGACGCCGCUGGCGCCGACGCGUCCGGGGAGGAGAGCGGUCCCGCGGUGGCCGACGGCGGCUCCGCCGCGGCGCGGCACCAGCGGGCGCUCGCCGGCCACGGGUCCCGCAGGGCCCGCGCGGCCGCGGCGGCCUCGGGGGAGGAGGGCGCCGCCCGCUCGCUCGGCUCGGCGGAGCCGCCUGCCGGGGAGGCCCUCGCCCUCGUCGGCGACCCGCGGGGGGAGCGGCGGCGGAGCGGCUCGGGGCGCCGGCGCUCCGCAGCGCUUCUUGCGGCACGCCGCGGCGACUCGCCUUCGGCCUGCCCCGCGCCCGCGCCGCCGCCGCCGCCCGAGCGCCGGGCGUCGCUGCCGCCGCCGCCCGCCGCCCUCGCGGCGGAGGCGGCCUCAGGUGUGGACUGGGGCGCGCGGUGUGGCGCGGCCGCGCCAGCGGCGGGGGGGAAGCACGCAGGGGCUGCGGUGGCGGUGGCGGUGCAGGAUCCGCGCGCUGCAGCGCGGUUCGAGCUGGCGGAGGCCGCGCGGAAGCAGCGGCCGGAGGAGGUGUGCAGGGCCCUGGCCGGGGCGCUGCAGCACGGGGUGGGCGCGGAGGAGGUGGAGAACGCCCUGCACCUUCUCGGCUCGCUGGUGCGGCGGGCGCACGCGAGGGAGGCGGCCGCCGAGCACGUCGGCAGGGAGGCCGCCCGCGAGUGGCGCAGGGCCACCGAUCGGCUCGACGCGCUCGUGGCCGCCGUCCGCGGCCUCGAGGCCAGGCUGCCCGCUGCGGGUGCCGACCACGCGGCGCCCCUCCCUGCCGAGCAGGCGGGGCCGGGCGAGGAGCCGCCACGUGCCGAGGUCGCGGCUGUGGACUUUGCCGACCUCGUGGCCUCGGCACGCGGCGCUGGGGCUGGCGGCCUGGCAGCUGCGCGAGGGCGCCGCGACGCGGCGGUGGCGGCGGCGGCCAGGCUGCGCGCGGAGGCGGAGGAGGCACAGGCGCGAGCCUGCGCUGCCGACCAGCGCGCCCGAGCAGCGGCCGCCGAGCUGGCGGCGCUCGAGGCGGAAGCUGCGGCAGAGGGCGAGGAGGGGUUCUCGUUCGCCCACCCGGAGGAGGGCCUCCAGCUGUAGGGCACCCUUCGCGGCCAGCGGGCGCUGCCACGGGAGAGAGGUCACCGCAUCGCGGCUGGCCAGCGGCGAAAA